AUGGAACUUCACGAUUAUCCUAGAAAACCUGAAAUCGAAUACAAAGAUCCUUCUACUGGCACUUAUCAUUAUACUAUUAUCUCUGAAGGAUACUAUCCAUCACCACCUGUUCUUGUCAGGACUCAAAGAAAAAAAAAAUAUAAAACACGAAACAUUACCUGCACUAUUAAUUAUAUACAUCAAUGUAUUGAUGAUAAAAUGCAAUUAAAACCUUGUUUUAAAAUCGAAUAUAAUAAUGGUCAUCAAACAAUCGAGUCUUGGCGAAGUGCAACUCAUGCAGCAAAUUUAUUUGUACAGAUGUAUAAUCCUAAUGGAAAAUCAACACUAUCUGGAACUAUAGUAUUUGGGCUGCAGCUUAAAUGUGUAGAACAAGCUAGAGAUUCUCAUCGUCAAUCUAAUGCUCUUCGGCCCCUUGAAACUCUUAGUAAUUCUGCAAAAAGAUCUCGAAUCAAACAAAUUGGUGAAAAAAUGCGUGAUUAUAUUAAUCAUGAAACAACACAUUUACAUCAUAAGGACAAACUACAAAUAAAAUCACUUGUUUUGUCAGUUGAUGAUCAAAAUUGGAUAGUUAAUUAUUCAAAAGAUAUGACAUUUGAAAAAAUCAAAAGCCAAGCAUGUGUUUGUGUAAUGGAUAAAUUAGAUUGUGAAUAUAUAAUUAGUAAUAAAAAGCUUAAUCUUGACAAAAUAAUGCAAGAUAUUAUACCUCUUUAUAUUAUAGAUAUUAAUAUAAAUAGUUCAACAAUUUUUGCAACAAAUAAUGAAGAAAUUCAUAUUGAUAAUGAAGAAAUAAUUUAUGGUGUAACUGAAUCAGUUGAAAAGGCUAGUUAUAGAAGUAUAAAAGAUAUUUUGAAGUAUAUAAUUCCAUUUUAUAUUGAAGAAAAUAUAUUAGAUCCUAGUAAUCCUCUAAUUAUGCUACGAAUAUUAGGAAUGUAG